AAAAUGACAUUGGAUCAAACUAUAUUAAUAUGAUCGAUAUACGAUGCAUAACAUAAUUAUAUCCAAACAAUUCGUUUUGUACGGUUCAAUUAAUUUUUCUUUUAGACCACCUCCUGUCACAUGAUGUAGGUCGCGAAUGACUUCACGCUCUGUCAUGGCUGCACGAGACAUAAACAUGCCAGUGGUGCUGUAAUUCAGAGCAUUAAACCAGUGCGAUGAUUAAAACAGCGGCCAUAACAAAUCAUUUUGACUUGAGCUUCGCCCUAUGAAAUCGGUUGGUCCGUGUUUGAGCGGCAGGUGAAGUGUUUGCUGUCUUGUAGAUCAUAGGAAGUAUCCAAUCAUGCAGACUGAAGCCGUGCUGGAGCAUCACAGCAGCUCACAGAGUUCCCUCAGGACGGGCUCCAAAUCCUGGCAGUACAGUGAUCUGAUGGAAAAGGUGGAUGGGUAUUUGAUGAAGUAUACCAAUCUUGUGACUGGAUGGCAGUAUCGAUAUUUUGUGCUCAACAAUGAGGCUGGGCUGCUGGAAUACUUUGUAAAUGAGCAGUCCAGGAAUCAGAAGCCCCGGGGCUCGCUACCGUUAGCCGGUGCAGUGAUUUCCCCCAGCGAUGAAGAUUCACACACCUUCACUGUCAACGCCAUCAGCGGAGAGCAAUACAAACUCAGAGCCUCAGAUGCAAAGGAGCGUCAGCACUGGGUCAGCCGACUGCAGAUCUGUGCGCAGCACCACACGGAGGCGAUGGGCAAGACAAACCCACCGCUUCAAUCUCGCAGUCUCUCCAUGGCGUCUCAGGGCAGUGGCAGCUCUCCAGGAUCUCAACACAGGAUCAACCAGAACUCAAACGUCCUGUUGGGCCUGUCCCAGCUGCAGCACGGCUCCUCCCUUUACUCCAGCAGGAAAUCACUGCUGCCUGAUCACUUGCUGGAGGCCAGAGAGAUGAUGAGCCAGGCGCAGGGCCAGCACAGAGACCUGAUCCAAAGUAUUGAGGGUCUGCCCUCCUCCCAGGGUCCCUCUCCCUUGGACCAAGACCUGCUGCUGCUGAAAGCCACCUCUUUGGCCACUAUGACCUGCCUCAGCGACUGCUUGCAUAUCCUGCAGCUCCAACAAGUGGCUCGACAGAAAGUUCCUCUCGUUGGCCCUGCCCUCGAGUGGCUGGAGCCAAAACUGCCCGACAUCCUGAAGAAUGGAGGGACGCUACCCAGCAUCACCAAAGAUGAUGGUAACACAGUGGGAACCGUUCUAGAACCUUUAGAAAUGGACUCCUGUGAUAUCGCUGGGGAGCAGGAGGAGAUUGAUGCCACGCAGGAGGUAGACGACUCCUCUCCAGUCGAGGAGGAGGAUCUGGGUGCUGUCGAAGAGGAGCGCAGCGUCAUUCUGCACCUCCUCUCUCAGCUGAAACUGGGCAUGGACCUCACCAGGGUGGUCCUGCCCACUUUUAUACUGGAGAAGCGCUCCCUGCUGGAAAUGUAUGCAGACUUCAUGUCCCAUCCGGACCUUUUCGUGGCCAUCACCGAUGGCUCCAGCCAGAUGGACCGCAUGGUCCGAUUUGUGGAGUAUUACCUCACUUCCUUCCAUGAAGGGCGCAAAGGUGCCAUUGCCAAGAAGCCCUACAACCCCAUCAUCGGAGAGACCUUCCACUGCUCUUGGAGAGUACCCAAAGCGACAUCAUCUCCGACAGGUGUCCCGAAAGAGGGGACCUCGUGCACGUCAGACUGCUACAAUGUUCGCUUUGUGGCUGAACAGGUUUCCCAUCAUCCCCCUGUCUCGGGCUUCUAUGCAGAAUGCCAGGAGAGGCAGAUGUGUGUCAACACUCAUGUGUGGACCAAAAGCAAGUUCAUGGGCAUGUCCAUUGGCGUCUCUAUGAUCGGAGAAGGUAAUCUACACCUAUUAGAGCAUGAUGAAGAAUACACCUUUAGUCUGCCCUCUGCUUAUGCCCGCUCGAUCCUCACUGUGCCCUGGGUGGAACUGGGAGGAAAGGUCAAUGUCAACUGCACCAAGACAGGCUACUCUGCAGUCAUCACCUUCCAGACAAAGCCUUUCUAUGGGGGCAAGCUGCACAGAGUGAACGCGGAGGUCAAACAUAACCCCACCAACUCCGUGGUGUGCCGCGUGCAAGGCGAGUGGAACGGCGUGCUGGAGUUUUCCUACACCAGCGGAGAGACACGUGUCGUAGACGUCACCAAUCUCCCCGUCACCAGAAAAAGAGUACGGCCCAAUGAGCUGCAAGGACCCUACGAGUCCAGGAGACUGUGGCAACAUGUGACCGAGUCUCUGAAGGAUAGGGAUAUGGAAAAAGCCACGGAACACAAGCGUUUCCUGGAGGAAAGACAGAGGAAAGAGGAGAGGCAUCGUGCAGAGACACAGACAGCAUGGAGGACCAAAUACUUUGAGCGCAAAGGUGAAAGCUGGGCGUAUUACCAACCACUGUGGAAAACGGCAACUCAUAGCUCUUCCCCGGUUCCCCCUCCUCAAAAUCCAUGACCUCUGACCUUUUAAGAGCUGAGUUCAGGCACUGUACAGUCUCCUGCUAUAGUAAACCUCUGGCCCUGUGUUCCCUCUCUCACAGAUGAAGACAUACACUCUCCUUUGUAUGAUUCCUGAAACAUAACUUCAAUUUGAGUGUUUGUAACGCUUUGUGGACUUGCGGGUUUGCACUCUGAUGUUCAUAUUUUGCAUCCCUCGGUGGUAAGAUUUUUGUAGAACUACACAGUGAAUGAUUUCUCCAAAUCUGCACACUGAUAUUCUUUGUUGAUGUUGCCUUAACAAGUGUCGUAUGUAACGAGACCUGAGUACAGCCUGACGGUUCUUAAUGUGGAAUUGUGUUUGGGGUGAACUUCUUAAUCUGACCAUACUGUAUUUGUACAGUCAAAGAUUUCUGAUUCUUUUAAAAUCAUAUAUAAAUUAUCAUAAUUUAAAUAUCAAAUGAAAUGCAGGAUUAGGGGAGUUCAAAA